AUGCUCUACAGCGCCAGGCUUCGGUUCCCCGUUUACGAUGUCGGCAGCGACAGGGCCCGCCCCGAAGACAAGCACGCGUCGGAUGGCAGCGCCCUCCUGCUCAUCCCACACGGCGGGAUGUUCCGGGGCGGGCCGUUCCGCAAGUUUAAGGCGUGGGUCGCGUGCGGCAACGGUGACAGUCCCGACGCCGGACGCGUGGAGCUCGCCAUCAGGGAAUCCGCUCCCGACGACUUCGUCGCUCAGCUACAAGCAGCGGCCGAUAGCAGCACGCCCCUCUACGUGUAUGGUGCCAAGAUCAGCCCCUCCAAUAGCAAAGCUUAUAUGAAUAGCGUCUUCCUCAGCGGCUCGCUUGUAGCAGCAGCGAGUGCCCCCGGCAAACGCCCUCCCAAACGAGUGCACACCUUCCAGGCGGCUGUUCAGCGAACUACCGCAGCCACCGUGCCCGCCGACACGACUGAUAUGGUAUUGGCUUGGGAGCAGCGUAGCCGCAGUGCCCUUGUUUUACCGUCGGAUGGUCCACACGCCUCGGCCACCCUGUCACCCAACCCCACUUCUGUCACUGUAGUCGGCUCACUACCGGUCCUCCCGCUCGUCCUCACAAUCGGCAGCCGCAGUUAUCCGGUGUGCACCGACAGCAUCGCCGUCAUGCAACAGUUGCCAAACUACGACGAGUUCUUCGGCAGCGCCAGCUUCGCAGACGAUAAUGAUCGUAUGGCGUACGCUGCUUACGACUCGUUCACCGUCACCGGUACCAUCACCACCAAGACAGAAGGGCUGGGUGCAUUCCGUGCACUUGUGGGUUCGACUCCCACACAAGUUGGCGGCGUCCCUCGCAUCUACACUGGUUUGCAUGUGUUGAAGCUGCUGCUCCGGCAAGCCUUCGUGCUGUUCUCUUCGGUGUCCUCCGUUAGGCGCGAAACGAAUGAGGACCGCCUCUUUGCCGGCGCCCAGAGCCGCUACGGCAGCUUCAUCGCUGGUGUGAAUACCGCCGGCCAGGGGAUAGUAAUUAUGCAGAUUGACGAUGUCAUCCUCGGCAGGCUGGAGAGCAGCCACGCGUUCGGCCACCGCGUGAUGUUCGCCAACAUGGAUGCAGCUUCCCUGCCGCCUUUCAUAACUUCUCGUUUCGCUGGGGUGACGGUGGGGCAGUUUAAAGCCUCCUCAGCGACGCGGAUUUCCGUGGAGCCCUCCUCCGCUGUCCCAAUGCUCUACAGCGCCAGGCUUCGGUUCCCCGUUUACGAUGUCGGCAGCGACAGGGCCCGCCCCGAAGACAAGCACGCGUCGGAUGGCAGCGCCCUCCUGCUCAUCCCACACGGCGGGAUGUUCCGGGGCGGGCCGUUCCGCAAGUUUAAGGCGUGGGUCGCGUGCGGCAACGGUGACAGUCCCGACGCCAGACACGUGGAGCUCGCCAUCAGAGAAUCCGCUCCCGACGACUUCGUCGCUCAGCUACAAGCAGCGGCCGAUAGCAGCACGCCCCUUUACGUGUAUGGUGCCAAGAUCAGCCCCUCCAAUAGCAAAGCUUAUAUGAAUAGUGUCUUCCUCAGCGGCUCGCUUGUAGCAGCAGCGACUGCCCCCGGCAAACGCCCUCCCAAACGAGUGCACACCUUCCAGGCGGCUGUUCAGCGAACUACCGCGGCCACCGUGCCCGCCGACACAACUGAUAUGGUAUUGGCUUGGGAGCAGUGUAGCCGCAGUGCCCUUGUUUUACCGUUGGAUGGUCCACACGCCUCGGCCACCCUGUCACCCAACCCCACUUCUGUCACUGUAGUCGGCUCACUACCGGUCCUCCCGCUCGUCCUCACAAUCGGCAGCCGCAGUUAUCCGGUGUGCACCGACAGCAUCGCCGUCAUGCAACAGUUACCGAACUACGACGAGUUCUUCGGCAGCGCCAGCUUCGCAGACGAUAAUGAUCGUAUGGUGUACGCUGCUUACGACUCAUUCACCGUCACCGGUACCAUCACCACCAAGACAGAAGGUCGAACAACGUUUAUCACAGCUCUGCAGGAAUGA